AUGGGCCAUUUCGAUUCAGAACACGAAUUGAAGAACCCCUGGAUUGAAACGCCUUUGAUUGAGUCGGCGACACUUUCAAAGGCUGCCGGAUGUAGAAUCUUUCUCAAAUUAGAGUCGCUCCAACCUUCUGGCUCGUUCAAAUCACGGGGAAUUGGAAAUUUGAUCCUCACAUCUCUUUCUGAUCCAUCAAACAAUGGCAGAACCCUGCAUUUUUUCAGCUCCUCGGCAGGCAAUGCGGGGCUCGCAGCAGUUAUAGCCGCUCGGGAUCUCGGUUGUUCCUGUACAGUUGUUGUGCCCCUUAGCGCGAAGCCUAUGAUGAUCAAAAAAAUACUCGCUGCAGGGGCUUCGGAUGUUAUCCGCCAUGGCGCCAGUUGGUUCGAAGCUGACGCGUAUCUGCGGGAAAACUUCAUCGAAAAUGAAGACAGCAAGCUAGAUCCCUUGACCAAGAACAUUUAUAUCCCACCAUUCGAUCACCAUGACAUCUGGCGAGGCGCUGGGACUCUGAUUGAUGAGAUAAUUAAGCAGUUACCUCAAAGGCACUACAGCAAAACCGAUAGCUAUUGUUCAUUCCCGGCAGAUGCAAUCGUUUGCAGCGUUGGCGGCGGUGGUCUUCUGAACGGUAUUAUCGACGGCCUUGAGAGGCAUUUGCCCGCCUAUCAACCGACAACGCUUUCCAAGAAAGUGGUGAAAAAAGUUCGAAUUGUCGCUGUUGAAACAGCUGGGGCGGAUUCGCUGGCGCAUUCGUUACGCAAGGGCUCUUUGCAACCUCUACCUGCAAUUACAUCGCAGGCAAUCACCCUGGGGGCACUCUGCGUGGCACAGCAGACGCUGAAAAACGUGCAAUGUCCUCCGCCCUGUAUCGAAGUCACUAGUAUUGUGGGUACCGACGCUGAUGCUGCGAUGGGAGUUGUGCGGUUGUGUGAUGAGCUGCGGUUGGAGGUCGAGUUGGCUUGUGGAAUAAGCGUCCAAGUUGGGUUAGAUAGGCUAAAGGAAGUCAUGACAGACCUAACACCGGAUAGUCGAGUUGUGAUCAUUGUUUGCGGAGGAAGUGAUAUUACUUCUGAAAUGAUUACGGAUUACCGCCAGAAGCUUGAGAAUGGUUGGCAAUGA